AUGGCGCACCUGCCAAAAUAUGAGGCAAGGCGGAUGCUGCUAGCCGUGCUUGCGUCAAUUGUUUUACGGCUACGUCAUGGCGCUGCUAGCGGCGAGUUGAAUUUGACAAUUAUUCACACCAACGACAUUCACGCUCACCUUGACGAAAGCAACAAAUAUGGAGGCACAUGCUUUGACGGCAAUGUAACCAAUUCCACGUGCGUCGGAGGAGUGGCUCGAAUUGUUGCUAAAAUGAAGGAAAUUAGAGCAAAUGUGACGAAUUCGCUGUUUGUGAAUGCCGGAGACUUCUUUCAAGGCACUCCUUACUACACCCUCUUCAAAUCAAGAGUCAUAUCUGCUGUCAUGUCACAGAUGGAUUACGAUUAUGCGUGUCUUGGAAACCACGAAUUUGACGACGGGCCGGCCAAUCUUGCCCCUUUUCUUCAGAAGAUGAAAGAGUAUAAUGUAACAAUCGUGGGAACAAAUACAAACUUUUCACAAGAUCCACAUCUCAAGACGUACGACCUUGUAAAGUCUGCUGUAAAAAUAAUUGAUGGCAUAAAGAUCGGAAUUAUCGGCGCAGUAAUUCCUACCACGAAAUAUGGUUCAAACCCAGGACCAAACGUGGAAUUUUAUGACGAAAAAGUUAGUUUUCGAAACGAGGUUGACUAUCUCGUCAGCAAGAACGUAAAUAUUAUAAUAGCUAUUACACACAGUGGCUUCGACCGCGAAGUCGAUAUUGUCACGAACAUUACAGAAAUAGACAUACUGGUUGGUGGACACACAAACACAUUCCUUUACACAGGUACGGAUCACCCUAAAGAGGAUAAGCCUGAAGGUCCGUAUCCCUACGUCGUGAACAGGACAGACGGAAGCAAGGCCCUCGUGGUGCAGGACUUCCGCUUCGGGAAAUACCUCGGCAGAUUGGAUGUGACAUUCAACAGCACUGGUCACGUUGUAUCUUGGGGUGGAAAUCCUGUCCUUCUGAACGUUUCUGUCGAGGAAGAUUACGAGAUGAUAUGCGUAUUGGAGCCUUUCAAACAAAACCUCACAGAACGAAUGAAACAGGUGGUAGGCAGCACUAGGGUCCUCAUGGAGCACAAGCACGACAUAUGCAGAAUGCAAGAGUGUAACCUCGGCAACUUGAUCGCGGAUGCUUACUUUGAGUACUACCUCGACGAGGAGAACACAACGAGUGGCCCUAACUGGUCGGAACUGAACGGCGCUGUCGUGACUGCUGGCAGCAUCAGAACGGGGCUUCCAAGCUUCUAUAAUGUAACCUGGGGCGAUGUGGUGUCUACGCUACCAUAUGGAAAUUCUCUUGUAACGGUCACACUCUCUGGUAUUGACUUAUGGAACAUGUUUGAGAACUCCGUGACAAUGUACAACACAACAAGAGAGAUGCAAAAAGGUCGUUUUCUUCAAGUAUCAGGGUUCCGAGUUGAAUAUAAUUUGACAACAGAAAAUAACCGAGUGAUCUCUGUCAAUGUCCUUUGCGCAAACUGCAGCGUGCCGAUAUACGAACCACUCAAGUGUCAGGCCACCUACAAAAUUGUUACCUCAGACUACGUUGCAAGAGGUGGUGAUGGCUACAAAUUCUCCAAUUCCGUGAUCGUCAGCGAUGUCGGUCCAAUCGAAUACGAAGCCCUGGAGAAAUACAUCGCUAAAAUGUCGCCGAUAUGGACGCCAGACGAAGGUCGCAUAAAAAUCACCUGGAAUAAGACGGACGAAGAAGCAGUACUCAACUACACCAAAUCAAUACGCCAGAACCAGAAGUGCGAAAAAGGUGCAUGCGAUGUAAGCCAUUAAGUCGAAU